AUGGGUGAAAUUGUGUUGGGAGAUUUUUCCUUACAAUUUUCCCUCAACAAUCCUGUCAGUUGCAUCCAUGCCCUGGCUUUGGCUAAGCUCAAAAGAUUUAACAAGGUUGUAAUGGAAACUGAUAACUUGUGUGAGGGUGUUAAAGUUUGUUUGGGAAAUAGAAUAUGGAUCAUUUACCCUCUUGCGGAGACAAGGCAUAAUGUGAAUCACCUCGCUCAUGUGGCGGCCGCGAUUGGUGCUCGAGCGGUGGAACUGGAAAGCCUCCGUCUUUGGUUCACGUCCUGA